AGUAGACCUUCAUCAUGUUCCUGCGUCUAGGGUGUCGCCUGAGGACCGCGAGCGUACCUAGGUAUACAGCCAUUACUCCUAGACUAUACCGCGGGUAUGCAGUUGACCUGCACCCGAAGUACGCCGACAAGGUGAAGAAGAAGGCCGAGGAGAAGGGCGUCUCUCUUGAGCAACUUGCUGAAGAAGCCAAGAAGAAGCUUGAAGAGGAGAAGGCCGCGGUGCGCGAGGCCCUGCGCAAGCAGCGCGAGACGGAGGCGGCGCAGGCAUUGAAGGAGGAAGCGAAGUCCUCGUCCGCACCCCGGACGCCGCCGCCAGCGAUGGCGGCGCGCUCGGAUAGCUCUCCUGUGAAGCCGCUGGCCUCCAUCCUGAACGUAGAGAAGAUGCUCGACCCGCCACACACCGCGGAGCAGGUCUCUCAGAUCUGGACCACCUAUCAUGACCUGCAGUCUGGCGGCACCGGUCGAGGCUUCGUCUCCGCCUCCAUCCCCCUCCCGACCUACGAAAAGAUGCUCUCCAUCGCGCGGCGUUACCCCACCUUCGUCAUUCCCCUCCCCCGCCUCGUCGAGAAGGACGACGCGCCGUCUUCCACCGAGAAUCCCUCAACCUCACCCUCUGACUCCCCUUCCUCUGAACCCGCAAAAGAAACCGCCUACGAGUUCUACUUGAUGCAAUGGGACAUCCACCCCGCGCCACCCGCCCCCACCACCGACAUCUUCGCCCGGCCGCAGGCGAACGCCUCCCCGAACCCGCCUACCGCGACCAUCAUCUUCACGCCCUUGCAGGAGUACAAGCUCCGGCAACAGUUCGCCACACCGUACAUGGUGCUGACGCAGUACACCGACCUGGCCGCGAGCCACGGCGUCGUGCUUGCGCGCGGGGAGAUCACGCCGUCGACCAGCGAGUCGGGCAAGUUCAUGCUGGGGCAGGAGGACGCGCGGUCGCUGGUGAUGGCGAUCCAGAAGUUCUACCUGUGGGACCAGGGGAAGAAGGAGAAUCUGCUGCAGGUGUUCCACGAGCGGCCGGAGGAGUUCAAGUGGGAGGACCUCAUUCAGCAGGUGAAGGUGGUGGCGUGAGUGGGCGCGGUGAGCCACGGCGUACUACAUACUAUCUGCAGACUAUCCGUCGCGCUAAUGACCACUGCUUUGACACUCGCA